CUGUAAAGAGACACUGUGCGUUCUACAAGAAGGACUGUCAAUAAAGAGCGUGCUCCCACUGUCCUUGUUUAUAUAUGUGUAUUUAUGCAUGAAAGGGAGAGGGAGGGGGGAUGCAAGAAGGUUUACCCAGUCUGGACCUGUUGAUUAUCAGCAAUCUUUUUAUCAGUGAUAACAAAAAAUAGAUAUAUAGAGAGAGAGAGAGAUAGACUAUUCUAUAAUUUUUUUUUUUUUUUUUGCACGGCAUUGUCACACGCGCUUACAGAUACGUCAUUUAUUUUUGGUGCUUACAUGAUACUUCUCACGGAUGAAAUCAGUAAAGUAUAAAUACGAGGAGCUACUUAGUCCCUUUUUUUUUUCUUUUGUUGAAGAAAGCUUAUUUCAAAAAAACUUGUUUUACAAUGGACCCUUCUGACUGGAUUGAUGUGACUACUGAAAAGAACCAUUAUUCUUUAAACCACUUUGUGAUCCCAAGUCAUUAUGAACGUGAUGUCUCUAGUAUUUUGAUCCCUCAUGGUGUCAUCAUGGACCGAAUCCAAAAAUUAGCUAGAUUGAUUGUAGAUGAUUCCCAAGGACCUUUAGUUGUGUGCUGUAUUUUAAAGGGUGGACAUCAAUACUUUGCCGACUUGGUGAAUGAGAUCAAGAAACUCCGUAGAAACAAUGGAAGCAGUGUGCCGCUUAGUUUAGAAUUUAUUCGAGUGAAAUCGUACACAAAUGAUACAUCAGGUGGUGUCAAUAUUUCUUUAACUGAUGAGCAAUUAAAAGAGUUUGAGGGAAAGAACUUGUUAAUUGUCGAAGAUAUCAUUGAUACGGGUGCUACGAUGGUUCAUUUGCUUAAUCGAUUAGAGACCUACAAUCCAAAAUCUGUCAAGGUUACCAGUUUAUUAGUCAAGAAGACGCCUAAAAGUAAUGGUUAUAUCCCUCAUUACGUUGGCUUUGCUAUCCCCGAUGCAUUUGUUGUAGGCUAUGCUUUGGAUUAUAAUGAAUAUUUUAGAGAUUUGGAUCAUAUUUGUGUUAUCAGCGAUGAGGGCAAAGCAAAAUAUGCUGUUUAAAACAUCGUAUUUCUUCUGCAAUCGCUAAUAAAAAGUUUCUUUUUUUUUUUUGAGAGGUAC